AAAGUUUUGCGCGCACCGUCAUAUCUAGUACUUGAUUAGUUAUCGGUUGGAGUAGCGCGAUCGCCGCUCGAUGUAUUCUUUGUCAGGCGCCGCGCCGCACGCGUCCGCACGCGCCCGCACGCGCCCGCACGCGCCCGCCCCCACAACACCGCUGUGUCUUAUCAAGAUGUCGGAGCGCUCGCACCAAGCGACAGGUCGAAAGUCGACGCCGCGGCAUAGUAUUAUGACAAGGAGCAAAAAAAUAAACGAGGAGAGCGGCAACACCACCACCCUCGCCAUUCUCAAGAACGUCACCUCCGCCAACUCCCCGCCCGAGGACGCCAAGGAGAACAAGAGGCAGGCGCAGCCCGUCGCCGCGCCCCCCGCGCCCACCGCACCCGCCGCGCCCGCCACGCCCCCCGCGCCCGUCGAGGUGAAGCAGGAGGCGCGCUACAACGUAUUCCCGCGCGGCGGCAGCCAGCUGCCCUGCGCCCAGUACAAGACGGACAAGGGAUACCGCUGCCCCAACUGCCAGCGCUGCUACAACGCGCGCAAGAACCUCGUGCGCCACGUGACGCUCGAGUGCGGCCGCGAGCCCCAGUACAAGUGCCCGCACUGCGCCUACAGCAAGCACCGCCGCAACGAGCUCAAGAAGCACAUCGAGAAGAAGCACCCCGCGUCCCCGCACGCCGCCGCCCGCGCCGCCCCGCACGCGCCCCACGCGCCCCACGCCGCGCUCGUCAAGUGACGCCCCGCGCCCCGCGCCCCGCGGCCACCACAACACACACCACUCGUGCCUUAUUGCUAACUCGAUCUUCCUUAUAGUUAAUGGUAUUACUACGUAAAGUUUUAUAUGAGCCUUGUAUACUUAUGUUACUAUUAAGAACGAUUGAUAUUUUUGGACCAUUAAAUAACUUUUCGCGUUAU